UCCUGAUAUCACUAUAUAUAUUAAUUCCCUCCCAUUCCUUUCUCCUCUUAUUUUCCUUUCCCAUCCCUCAGUUUUUCUCAGCUUCCAAACACUCCAAUGGAUCUUAACUUUUUAAAGUCAUCUGCAUGUGAAGAUGAACAGAUGGAUAUGCUUAUGAUGAUGCACAUGGAUAAGGUGUCAGAACUCUUUGGACCACAGGACGUCGUUCCAGAUCAGAUUCCGGUGCCGGAGCUUCUUGGAGGAAGUACCAUCACCAGCACCGGCAACUAUUGUGCCGUUGGUUCACAAACAUUAGGAAGCCGGCCUGUUAAGGAACCAGCCGCGGCGGCGCUACCUUUCCCUGCCAAUUCAAGUGCGGGGAGGUGUUCAGAUUCCGGCGAGUCACUCGCUGCCAGUAGACGUGCGAUGAGGGAGAUGAUAUUCCGGAUAGCGGCAAUGCAGCCAAUUCACAUUGAUCCGGAAGCCGUGAAGCCUCCGAAGCGGCGGAACGUGAAGAUAUCGAACGACCCUCAAAGCGUGGCGGCUCGCAGGCGUAGGGAGAGGAUCAGCGAGAGAAUCAGGAUACUUCAGAGGCUUGUUCCCGGUGGGACAAAAAUGGACACCGCCUCUAUGUUGGAUGAAGCUAUUCACUACGUCAAGUUCUUGAAAGCCCAGGUGAAAUCUCUGGAGCGGGCGCCGGCAGCGACGGCUCAUAAGCCAACCGGGAUGAGGUUCCCGCCGCCGGCGGCGGACGGUAGCUACCAGUUCCCUCAGCCGUAUUCGGAUGCUUAUUAGAUUACCGUAAGUUAUUUUCCUCAAGGGAGCUUGUAUGCUGUAUCACAAAAAACUAAAAUAAUGCUAUAUAAAGAACAAUUUUAAUCUUAUACUACAUUCAAACUAUGAAGUCUUUUUUUUUUUUUUUUUUCCUCUUUCUCUGUGGAUGAGAGGCUGCAACCAGCUUUUAUCACUACUAUCAAAAUUGGAGUUUAAG